AUGUCAGAUUUCUCAAUCCAUGGCCUUUGGCCAGGAAAUGCUACAGGUCACACUCCUUUUACGUGUAAUGAUCCUUCAAAUCCAACGACGGUCGAAAAAGUGUGGUUAAAUGACAGGAGCCUAAAGAAUUUCUUGGGGUUGUAUUGGCCUUCUUUGGAGGUUCACUGGACUGACGAAAACUUAUGGAAGCAUGAGUGGGACAAGCAUGGUUAUUGCACAUCAGAAAUCGUCCCAGAUGUUCAAUAUUUUAAUGGGGCGAUAACAUUUGCGAGACGACUGAAAGAUAUGCUUAAAACGUUAGAGAAGGGUGAUAUGGGUCCGAAAAAUCAUCGUGCUUACACUGUAACGGGUAUGAAGACAUUUAUCUCUGAACAAGUGUUAAAAGAUAAAAAUAUUGAUGUUUACAUCUCAUGUGAUCAUCAGCGGGCUACUUCUUCUUACGUCUUCUUCUUGAAGCAAAUUCACUUCUGUUUGGACAAAUCGCUCAACACAUUCAUAUCUUGCCCCAAAAGUACAGCCACAAGAGGCUGUGGUAGAGUAGACGAUCAAAAUCUCAUAUUUCCAAAAUAG